AUGACCACGGAAGAACCAACAACAGAAAACGAAAGCAACAAAUCCAAAGAUUUGUUGCACGUCCCCGGCAACGAUGAGAAUAAAGAUGCCGUUAAACAAAAUGGACGUUUUAAGUCUGUAAAAGUUAAGGAGGAUGGUGUUAUACCACCGUCACAAAGCAGUGCCUCGUUGAUUUCUUCAAUUUGCUCACAACUUAAUGAGUGCAAUAAUGUGGAGCAUACACCAGUACCUACAGUACCCACAUCCGAGGAAGUGGCUCAACCAAUAGACGAGCCGCCGACGUUCACAGUAAAGAGUGAACCGUGGUUAUAUAAACAAAAGUCAAAAAAUGCGGAUGGCCCUUCUGCUAGUUACAACACUUUUCAAAAUAAGCGCAAGACGAAUAAGCGAGUUGGCUGUUUACAGGGCCUCCGCAGCACCAUACUUUCAAUAUUAAGAGAUCCGAAGGCGUUUGGAUUCCAGCAUAUAUGUCUUUUGCUUCUUGUGCUAGCAUACACUCUGCUUGGUGCAACUCUGUUCUUCUUCAUUGAGUCGAAUUACGAGCACGAUAUAGUGAGGUUAAGGAAAGCACAACUGGACUCGACAAUCUUGAGCAUUGCACGGGAAAUGACUGAGACUGUCAAUAAUCCUAACAAAACUGUGGAAGUGGAAAUAAUGGUAGCUUACCUCCAGCUAACUUAUAUCACUUUACUGAAGCAAGAGUCAGCAUAUAAGGACAGUACUUUUUACAAGGCUGAAAACAGAAGUAAUAUGAAGUGGACAUUUGGUAGCAGCUUCUUCUUUUCAAUGAACGUAUUCACAACAACAGGUUAUGGGUCAAUCGCUCCUGAGUCGACGCUCGGAAAAACGUGUGUCGUCAUCUACGGGCUCCUUUUCGUGCCACUUACACUAGUUGUAAUCCGACAUCUUGGGAACUGGACGCUACUUGUUGUGACAAAUAUCUAUGCAAAAUGUGUUAUUCGGUGGAGGAAAUUCCGUUCAAGAGAUAUCGUAGAUGGCGAAGUUUUCACACUACCAGUGAUCUUAUGUAUGCUCAUAAUGCUUGUCUAUCUGAUGGGAACGACCACAUUCAUUUACGUGUACGAUAUGCUGUCCGGUCCGGAGGAUAGCGGUAUCGAUUAUUUCCUGUCCUUCUACUUCUCGUUCAUUUCGAUCUCAACAAUUGGACUGGGCGACGUGAUGCCCAACAAUGUUACUUUUGAUCCUGUCAUCACUAUUCUGUUCUUCUUCGGAAUGCCGCUGAUGAAGGUGGUGAACAGCUCAACCUACCAGUGCGUGGAGAGGGCGACAAUAGGUAUCCUCACUUUUAUGGAGAACCGUCUUUCUACAUUUGCGCAGGGAUCGAAGGUUGCGGACGUAGCGCCCGAGCCGAAGCGUCGACCCAUCACACUAACCGGUCUCAACACUGGUCCGCAACUGCAGGAAGAGAACGGAAACGACAUUACAAUUCGCUCUGUGCUCACCUUCAUCAAAUCUGAUGCGCACGUGUAUGGAGGGCGCUUCGGAAGAGUUGAUCUUGAAGCAAAAAUGGGCUCCAAGUAA